CUCGAUAGCGAAUCAAUAUGCGAUGUACAUAACUUAACGCGUAGGUACUGGGAAGGAAUAAUUCAGCAAGCUAACCGAUGAGGCAGAAGUGUCGCGAUAUUUUGGGUGUCUCAGUUUUCAUUUUUCUCAUUGUUCUGUUCUUGCUUUGGUUGUGGGUUAUAGGCCCAGCCGUAUAUAAGUCCCACGGCCCGAAGCCGCCGGAUUUCGCCGUUGUGAAUGCGCUUAUCCAAAACGGUACAUUCAACGCCGGCGGCGGCACUCCCCUCUUCACCGGAACCUUCGACUUCACCCUCACAGCCCACAACCCUAACAAACACGGCACUACCCUUAUCUAUACCUUCAACGCCACCCAAGUGAAAGUAGGUUUGGAAUAUGACAUAUUUCUCAUUGAUGAAAGCGGUGCUUAUAACCGCCAACAUCUAGAUCACGGUUAUGUCGUCCUUGCGUCCACCUCCUCCGCCAUGGUUCCGCCGUUCAACCAGACCGGCGGGAACAUCACUACCCUCCCGCUCUCGCUUCAGGCUAGUGACGUGGCGCUUGACGGCAACGCCACGACAACCAUCGAGCACCAAAAGAAUGCUUCGAACGCCAUCAUCACGACCAUUGAGGUGAAUGCUGUGAUUCAGAUUCAGAAGGGUGGCUCUGAACCCAAACCUCGCGGGCUUCUUGUCAGAUGUGAUGUUGCCUUUUCGUACAGUUCUUCCCCACAGCAGAGUAGUUAUGACGAACCGGACUGCAGAUCAAUCUUGUGCUCCGGUUCCGACUUCAACUGCACCGAUGAGUUUUAACAAUUAGUUAGAGCUACCGAGCUCAUCUGAUUUGAUAUAUGUGUACUGUUUUAUAACUGUCAAAAUGUGAUCUCAUUUUUUUAAUUCUGUUUUAGUCAUCUGGCCAAGUAAAAACAUACUAUCUCCGUUCUUAAAUAACAUGCAACAUGUGAAAUUUACAC